AUGUCUACAUUUGAAUGCAUGGCCCUUGGAAUUGUCAAGUUUGAACACCCUAAUGAUAAAGGACUGCUGAAUGGCUAUCUAAUAUCGAUUAAACGGACAAGAGAAGUUUUAAGCGGAGAAGCAGUUACUGUUAACAAGAAAGAUUUUCUGGUUCAAUUGACGGAGCUCCAGCGAAAAGAUCUACCAUUAAAGGUUGAAAUACCUUUGACUGAAAUUCAUUCAAGGUCGAAUCAGGGAGAUCCUUAUAUAUGGAUGGGCUACAGCUUCCAGAUUAUAACUUGUUCUCUUCCUGCUGAAAGUGACAUAGAUAAAGGGAAUUGCUACAGAACGGCGUACAUACACAACCCUGCGAAAUUGCCAGACGUUGAGAACUACAGAGGUUCCACUUCUCCAAGUUGUACGGCUGAGAGAACUAGUACCCAACGAGUGGCAGCGAGUGGUUAUAAAAUUCAAGCCAACAAAGAAAGUAGUCAAGAAAAUAUUGACCAGGAAGCGCAGAAAUCGGAUGUCUUUGAACAACGCCAAUUAGAGAAUUUGUAUAUCUUAAUUGCGUCAACUGCAGCCAUAGCAGUUUUGAUGUUCGGUUUGAGCGUAAUAGGGUUUCUCAUUGCCUUAAAGUUUUAUGGUGUUUGUCAGCAGUCAGGAUAUCUGAGCAAACAACGGAUUGACGUUGGGAGUUUGGAAGUUGGUCCGCGACACAACCUUGGAGAUGGUAUGGAGUGGGAUGUGCAGGACAUUUGGUCGUCUGGACUGAAUAUUCAAAAUAGUUUAGGGGUAACAAAUUUCAACAGCGGUUCCAGAGACGAUAACUGGUCUUCCAGCAGCUUCAAACAAUCUUCAAUGGAUUCGCUGUGGUUCUCGAGCCUGCAAAUCGACUCCCAAUACAUGGAGAACUAGACGUCUGCUUGUCAUCAAACCUUCUUCUCUCUUUUCGCACUGAUUUCGCGCCGAAAAUGGUCGAUAAUGCUUAGAUAUGCUGAAUGUGUAGCAUGUUAACCUCAUCUGUUGCCUCAUGCAGACCUCAAUGUCACUUCCUAGGCUCACGAGUUUCACAAAAUUCUAGCUAGUAGUUAUUAGAAGUCAGCUCAAUAAUUUCAGUUAUAACUUAUAAGUGAAGUGCCCAUCUCUAGUGCCUGUAAUCCGGGGCCUGCUAUCACCAUGGUGCAAUUAAAUUGUCUCAAUGGUCUUCCUUCAUCUGAACAAUAUUUUGCGUCUCGCUAUAGCGACUCUUCUAAUGGAAAAUCGUCAACCGCCUGUUUUGGCUUCCUUUUUUUAACCUUAAAACCGAUUACGAUUUUGUGUGGUUAAUCAAUAGUGGCCAAAGUUCUCCAAUAAGAUAGCCAAUUGAUGCAAUAAAUGAGCGACGCUUAUGCCAAAAUCAUGACUAAUUUAAUCCUAUUUUUAUUCGGAAUAUAUAUUUUGAAUAUUUAAUAGCUAAUAUUUGAAGUGUAAUCAUCAUCCAGCUAAUAAAUUUGUACAAGCAAAGUAGUGCAAUGUAGUUUAUAAUGAUG